AUGAGCGACAAGAAGCACCAGUUUCAGACAAAAUGUAGUGGAGAACCAGAAACUAGAAAAUCUCAUACUGAAGAGCAGAAGGACUCACCCAGCAAACGCGAUAGGUACCACGGUCGACCGGUUGCACAGAAGAUCCGAAAGCCUGGAGAUGGAUCAAUUCCUACUGAUGAUAGCAUUAUCUAUGGUUAG